AUGUCUGAACCUGCGGUUCCUCUCGUACUAAGCAGGAUUACUAUCGCAACUACAUAUCACAGUAGGGAAGAGCCGACAUCGAAGGAUCAAAAAGCAACGUCGCUAUGGACGCUUGGCUGCCACAAGCCAGUUAUCCCUGUGGUAACUUUUCUGACACCUCUUGCUAGAGAUUUUCUAAUUCAAAAGGAUCGAUAG